CUCUUCUCUGAUGAUGCAGGCUCACAGGCACGCAGCGUAAGCCCAGAGCUGCCCUCUGGAGCGAGGCGGCGCUUUUGCUGAGUGGGGCAGCCACACACUGGAGGGGACCGUGAGAGAGAGAGAGAGAGAGAGAGAGAGGGAGAGAGAGAAAGAGGCUGGGAUCGCGGCGUGCCGUUGCUGUGACGGCAGCAGUGAACACAGGAAGAGUCGCGGAACGGGCAGGCAGUCAGGUGGGCGCGUGGACGACGCCUGGAUCACCGCGGGUCCCUGGCCUGGCAGCUAGGUCAGCACAGAGCAGAGGGGCUCAGCUGCGAUUACAGUGGGAGGCGGCAGGGUUAAAGGUCUCCCUGCUGGCUAAGCACCGGCCACUCUCCAUCGCUAUUGGUAGAAGAGUUGACACAGCUGCACAAGUUGCCUGGGCCGCACGCCGCGGGAGUCUAUUUUGGUCCUGCAGUCAGAUGACGAUGACACCGAGUACGGGCAGCAAUGCCAGCAAGGGGGAACAGGUUGCCUGAAGUCGGAACUGCAGAAGUAUGUCGGGCCCGGAGAAGGAGGAGGAACCUUCACGCAGGCUCUGCUUCUACUCUGCCUCCUUCCAGCGUUCCACCAGCCAGGACAAGGUGAGGAAGAUUGUGGCCGAGGAGGGCCGUGCUGCACGGAAUCUCAUCGCCUGGAGCGUGCCCGUGGAGAGCAAGGAGGAGGAUGGGAAGUCCAAGCCACACUCUAAUGCCAGUCCAAGGUCACAGAGGAUCAACUCAGGACCACACAGGAACAAAAAACAGAACACAGAGAAGAGCCCCACCAAGGCAAGACAGCCACGCAAGGUGGACCUGAGGGCGCGCUACUGGGCCUUCCUCUUCGAUAACCUCCGCCGGGCGGUGGAUGAGAUUUACGUGACAUGCGAAUCGGACCAGAGUGUGGUGGAGUGCAAGGAGGUGCUAAUGAUGCUGAACAAUUAUGUCCGGGACUUUAAGGCACUGAUCGACUGGAUUCAGCUUCAGGAAAAACUGGAGAAAACUGAUGCCCAAAACAGACCAACCUCUCUGGCCUGGGAAGUGCGUAAGAUGUCCCCAGGACGUCAUGUGAAGCCCAGUCCCUCCGCUGACCGAAUCAUCCCAUCACCGAAUGCUCGCAGAUCCCUCAAUUUUGGGGGUCCCCCACCCGCACUGGUAGUGGCCCGACUCUCCCAUUCCGGGCCCAGCUGGGCAGACAGAGUCAAGUCCUCUCAGCCCCCUCCGGGCUCCAGCCAGGUGGCCCCUGUGCCUGGCCUGCUUCUCUGUCCCCGAGAGAAACCAGGGAAGAAGGAUGCUGAGGGUUGGGAGAUUGUGCAGCGUGGGCGUCCUACUCGCCCACGGUCCGCCGCUGUGGUGGCAAAGGUCACCCCUGUGGUGGCCAACGUCAGCCCCAAAUCCGACAGCGACAAGGAGAACCAACAGCAGCCGGGCCCCACCCCACAGAAUGUCAGCAUGGGACAGACGGAGCAGAGCCACCUUCUCACCGUGGAGGAAAAGAGUGACAUCAUUAUGCCCCCGGCCGACAGCACACAGGACACAGGGCAACCCGUCAGCACGCCCCAUGAGGACGCCCCUGCCCCGGCCCCCACCCCGAACCACACAGACGCGCUCUGUCCUCCUCAGGACGCAGGGGGCGCGUCACCCACCCCUGCGGCAUCUGUUCCAGGGCAGGCUCCCGCUGCCGCACUGAAACUGGAGAUCAUACUGGACCCCACAGAGUUUUCCACUCCACAGUCCAUGGCCGAGGUCUUGGCCAAGAAGGAGGAGCUGGCCGACCGGCUGGAGCGGGCCAAUGAGGAGGCCAUCGCUAGCGCCAUUGCUGAGGAGGAACAGCUGACCCGUGAGAUCCAGGCCGAGAACAAUGACCUGGAGACUGACAACGAGAGCGACUUCUCUGCCAGCAUUGGCAGCAGCAUCUGCGGACUCAGCAUGGACUGGAACGAGGUGUUGGCUGACUAUGAAGCUCGCGAGUCCUGGCGCCAGAGCAACUCCUGGGGGGACAUUGUGGAAGAGGAACCGGUGUGGCCUCCAGGACAUGGCAUCCACAUGCAUGAAAAGCUGUCCUCUCCAUCCCGCAAAAGGACCAUCGCCGAGUCGAAAAAGAAGCAUGAGGAGAAACAGCGGAAGGCACAGCAGCUGCGGGAGAAGCUGCGCGAGGAAAAGGCCCAUAAGCUGCAGAAGCUGCUGGAGAGGGAGAAGGACGUAAGGAAAUGGAAGGAGGAGCUGUUGGAUCAGAGGCGUAGGAUGAUGGAGGAGAGACUGCUUCAUGCAGAGUUCAAGCGAGAACUGCAGCUGCAGGCCAUUGUCAAAAAAGCACAGGAGGAGGAGGCAAAGGUUAACGAGAUUGCGUUCAUUAACACUCUCGAGGCUCAGAACAAGAGGCACGAUGUCUUGGCCAAGCUGAACGAGUACGAGCAGCGCUUGAACGAGCUGCAGGAGGAGCGUCAGAGGAGACAGGAGGAGAAGCAGGCUCGGGAUGAGGCCGUGCAGGAGCGCAAGCGGGCCCUGGAGGCAGAGCGGCAGGCGCGGAUGGAGGAGCUGCUGCUGCGGCGAAGGGAGCAGGAGGCCCGCAUCGAGCAGCAGCGGCAGGAGAAAGAGAGAGCUAGGGAGGACGCUGCACGUGAGAGGGCCAGAGACCGAGAAGAGAGGCUGGCCGCCCUGAGUGCUGCCCAGCAGGAGGCUAUGGAGGAGCUGCAGAAGAAGAUCCAGAUGAAGCAUGAUGAGAGCAGUCGGAGGCACAUGGAGCAGAUAGAGCAGCGAAAGGAGAAGGCUGCUGAGCUGAGUAGCGGCAGACAUGCCAACACUGACUACGCCCCCAAACUCACACCUUACGAACGCAAAAAACAGUGUUCCCUCUGCAAUGUCACGAUUACCUCCGAGGUGCACCUGUUCAGCCACACCAAGGGCAAGAGGCACCAGCAGGCAGUGCGAGAGAGCAGCAGCAUUCAGGGUCGUGAGCUGUCUGAUGAAGAGGUGGAACACCUGUCCUUAAAGAAGUACAUCAUAGACAUUGUGACGGACAGCUCUGUUGCCGUGGAGCCGACAAAAGAUGGGGAGGAGAAGCAGAAAGCGCGGAAGAAAGCGAAGAAGCUACGUGCAAGGAUGAACUCCAGGGCGAAGGAGUAUGAGACCUCACUGGAGGCCAGGACGCCUAUCCCAGACUCCCCCUACAAGGCCAAGUUGCAGCGUCUGGUGAAGGACUUGGGCAAACAGCUCCAGGGACAGGAUGGUGGGCAGUGUGCCACCAACAGGGUUUCAGGCCUGGACAGAACUCUGGGAGAGAUCUCGCGCAUCCUGGAGAAAAAGAACAAUGCAGAUCAAGUGGCGUUUCAGGUCGCAGGGGGACUCUUGGCCCUGGAGCAGAUUCUGCAGGUAGUCACUGUGACCUCCACUCCUGCCGCAGUCCCGCGCAUUCCACUGAAGUCCCUCUGCACUGCCGUAAACACUUACUACCUGGCAUGCGCCAGCUGCUACAACAAUUGCUCUUAUGUUCUGUUCAGUAACAAGAUCACCUUCCUAAUGGAUGUGCUGUCACAUCAGCUAACGUUGUACGUCCCAGAUGAGGACAAGUCCAUCUUUGGACGUAGCGUGAACAAGCAGGUGUUUGAGGGGCUGACCACUGGCCUACUGCAGACUAGUGCCACCAUACUGGAGACUCUACUCUCCUCUCCACCUGAGGGUGGUUGUGGAGACACCCCCCGCAUAACCUCACCUGAUGGCAAGAGCAAAACCUCCGCCACAGAGGCCUUCAACGUCCGUGUGCAGGAUCUCAUCAGCUAUGUGGUGAACAUGGGUUUGAUUGACAAGCUGUAUGGCUGCUUCCUGUCGGUUCAAGGCCCGGUGGACGAGAGCCCCAAGAUGGCUGCUUUCCUCCAGCAGGCCACAGCACUGCUACAUAGCAUGUGCAAGCUAUGCUUUGUAGUGACAGGCCGCGCUCCAAAUAUAUUUGACAGUAAGCGUCAGGAUCCGACAGGAAUCACAGCUCUCCUGAAGUCCACAGACCUUGUGGGUGUGCUGCACACGCUCUACAGCAUCCUCCUCCACGGCUCCACCCCUGAGCCUGCCUCCGUUGGCCCGCAGGAGGGGUACCCACUUGCUGUCAUCCAGGUGGCCCUGCAAGGCAUCCGCUUCCUCAACAGCUUCGCCCUGCUAGAUCUGACAGCCUUCCAGUCGGUCCUAGGUGCUGAGGGCCUGUCCCUGGCUUUCCGCUACAUUGUGGGGUCCCUGCUGUGGUACUGUUCCCUGCGUUCCAGCGAGGAACUCCUGCACGAGGUGAUCGUCUGCGUGGGCUACUUUACCGUCAAUCACCCGGACAACCAGGUGAUCGUGCAGUCUGGCCGCCAGCCCAGCGUGCUGCAGAAACUGUGUCAGCUGCCUUUCCAGUACUUCAGCCAUCCACGCCUCAUCCGAGUGCUCUUCCCCACACUUAUCUCCGCCUGUCACAACAACCCCCAGAACAAGGUCAUCCUGCAGCAGGAGAUGAGCUGUGUGCUGCUGGCCACGUUCAUACAGGACUUUGCUCAAAGUUCCAGCCAGACAGAAAGCAGAACGGCCCAGCAAGAAGAAAAAGUGUUGCAGUCUCUGGACUACCUCGAGCUGUCAAACCGUUUCCCCCGGGAACAGUGGGACGCAGCCCUGCAGUUUUUCCUCAAGAAGCAGGACGAUUGACACAGUUUCAGGGCAUUUGUCUCUUCUAAACAGCAUUAGUGGGAGCAAAUACUCAUUGAAAAACAAUGCAAAACGGAACAGUAUAAAUAUCUUUUCACUUUCCGCCCUCACAGUUAAGACUGAAGUCGGGUUUCACGACCAGGUCUGUUUAUUGCCACUGCAGCUGAAGUAAAUGACAGUCUCCAUUCACCAACAACAACUUGUUGAUCCCCAUUGUUGAUCAAGCUGAUUAUAGUUAGUUUUGAGGCUAUUUUUAUAUACAGUGCAUUGCAGAUGUUGGUGAAGGAAUGUGGUUUUGAAGAAUCAAUGGAAAUUGGAAGCACUCUUAAACCAGUCUGCAAAAAUUCCAAGUAACUAGAGUGUGUAUCACUUCUUGUUUUUACAUUUAUUUCAUUACCCAGCCUUUUUUUGUGAUAAGCCUGGGGAUUGUUUCUGAGUUUACAGUUGUUAUACCAUGAUGUUAGUACUCAUGUCUGUAAUUUUCAUUAUCUGUAUGUCCUGUACAUAGAUUUUUUUUGAGCCAUUUCUAAGAUAUGUAUAUUAUUUUUGAUGCCUUGUUUUGGGCCUAAGCUGUUAAGCACUGCAGAAGAACAUAAUUUAUUUAAUAAUUUACCUAUGUAU